CAAAAUGGGAAAUACCAUAGUUUUCGAAGGUGAAAACUCUAUAACAUCAAAUCUAUUAAAAGACUAACUAAAAUAUGUAGGCAGUAAGCAACAUAAGUAUUUGGGAUAGAUUUAAUUAUGGAAAAAUAAAUAAAACCAACAUGAAUGGAUAUUUUCAAAGGUAAGAAGAUUUAAAUUAAAUCAGAUUUCUUUGAUUGAUAUUGAUGAAAAUAUCAUAAAUUCUUGGCAUAUAAAAAGGAAGUCAAUGUAACAUGAAAAUUUAUUAUAAUAUUAUGGUUGUACAAUUAAAGAGCAGACAUUUUAAGGAGCAAUAAAAGAUUUUCGAAUUUAUUAUGAAUUUCUACCAACAAAUUUAUCAAAGGUUCUUAAGGAUCAUUAAUUUAAUGGACAAUAUGUUAAAGAGUCGUUUAUCUGGAAAGUAAUUAAAAUAUUUCUACAAGUUAAUAACAUAAAUUUCUACUGUCUUUGCUUAUCUAGAUAGUAAGAAUAAAUUUCACUCCAAUAUCACCUUCGACAGCCUCUUUUUUGAUAAAGCCCACAAUGUGAAAAUUUUAGUAUGAAAUUAUGUAAGCAUAGUACUAUGGAGCUGUCCCAAAUUUAUUAUCAAAUUAUGCAUAAACGUUAGGAAAUUAUAAUUCAAACAGAUCUUUGAGUCCUUAAUAGAUGAAGGAUUAUUAAAAUCAUUUGACUUAGUUAUAAACUGACCCUUUCAAAUAGGAUUCUUAUUCAUUUGGAAUACUUUUAGUGUCAAUAAUGAGUGGUAAAGGUAAUAAUGAAUUUUUACAAAUAAUUUUAAGAUGUAACAAAGUAUACAGACUUUUAUAAGGAAGUUAUUCAUUAUAAGCAAAUUUUAAAUAUUUUGGGAUCUGCCUAUCACUAUUAUUCUUAAUCUUUAAUAAACAUAGUAGUAAGUUUAUUACAAUAUGAUGAUUCAAAAAGACCAAAUAUUUCUUAAAUAUUUAAAGUCAAGAUCCACAAGCAGCCCACUAUCCAAUAUCGCCCAUAAUUAUAGAUAGUUUAAUAGCCUUAAACAAUUAAUAUUUAUAGAUUAGAUACAACUCAAUCUUGUUCUUCUUAAAACCAUCAUCAGAGUUAAUACCUUUUGAUAUCGCCAACUAAAAAGACUCCUUCUAAGACAAAUAACACAAUAUUAUACUCAUCACCAAGAUAGGCCUCAAAAAGCUCAUCAUAUGCAUAUCCUAAAUAAAUUUAAUUAGCUAAUGGAUUUUUUACUCCAAAGACAAAAUAAUCCAGAAGUAUCUCUUAUAGAUUUCUUUCAAGUAGAAACUUUAGUAAAGUUUAAUCACCUUAUAUGAAAUGA